CCGGAGGGGCCGAUCCGGGCGGUGCACCCGGAAGCCGCGCGGCGCAGGGGCCUUCCGGGAGUGCGGCGGCGGCGGCGGCGGCGCCGAGUGGGGCGGGCGGAGGGGGCGAUGCUGUCACGGGCGGGGAUCCGGGCCCGGCCCGGCCUCGGGCUGCUGCAGCACUCCCAGCAGCUGAAGCGUGUGGCACGGCUGGCCCCAGCUCCAUGCCGCUGGAACUCUGGGCUGCCCAUGAACAUCGGGGUGCUCUUUGUGCCGCAGCAGGAGGCCUGGGUGGUGGAGAGGAUGGGCAAGUUCCACCGAAUCCUCGAGCCUGGUUUGAACUUCCUCAUCCCUCUCCUGGAUCGGAUUCGUUAUGUCCAGAGUCUCAAAGAAAUCGUCAUUAAUGUCCCAGAGCAGUCAGCUGUCACACUGGAUAAUGUCACUCUGCAGAUCGAUGGUGUGCUCUACUUGCGGGUUAUGGACCCCUACAAGGCCAGCUAUGGGGUGGAAGAUCCUGAGUACGCAGUGACCCAGCUGGCCCAGACCACCAUGAGAUCUGAACUUGGCAAACUUUCCCUUGACAGAGUCUUCCGGGAGCGGGAGUCCCUCAAUGCCAGCAUUGUGGAUGCCAUCAACCAGGCUUCAGACUGCUGGGGCAUCCGGUGUCUGCGCUACGAGAUCAAGGACAUCCAUGUGCCCCCUCGUGUGAAGGAAUCCAUGCAAAUGCAGGUGGAGGCAGAGCGACGGAAACGGGCAACAGUGCUGGAGUCGGAGGGAACGAGGGAGUCAGCUAUCAACGUGGCUGAAGGCCAGAAGCAGGCCCAGAUCUUGGCAUCAGAAGCUCAGAAGGCCGAACAAAUCAACAAAGCUGCUGGAGAAGCCAACGCCAUGCUGGUCAAGGCCAGGGCCAAGGCAGAGGCAAUUCAGCUCCUGGCAGCUGCUCUGGCACAGCAGCAUGGCAAUGCUGCCGCCUCCCUGUCUGUGGCAGAGCAGUAUGUGAAUGCUUUCUCUAAGAUUGCCAAAGACUCCAACACUGUUCUGCUGCCUGCCAACACUGGCGAUGUCACCAACAUGGUCGCACAGGCCCUGGGGAUCUACACCACACUGACCAAGCCACAAGCUGUGAAGACCCAAGAGGAGAUACCCCCAGCCCACGAGGAUUCCCACUCCCCUGCCACGGAGGUGCUGAAGGCAGAACAGGGCAGCUCCAGCUAACAGGGCUGGAAGGAUCCUGUACCCUCUCCCAAGGCCUGCCAGCAGUCCUGUUCUGCUGCAGGCAGUCACUUUUAUUCCCUUAGUCCCUAUUUUGUAUUGGAUUUAAAUCAUGUAAUAAAUGGUAACAGUGCUGCUGCA